CUGUUUUGACAAGUGCUGUUUUGCAGCCACUGUUGCAAGCACAGUUUCCGUCUUUCCGCUGAGUGUCAUUUCUUCGGAAUAUCCAGGUAUGGAUAUGGACAGUGCCAGCUCAGUGGUGCUGCAGGCCCUGACCCAGGCCACCAGCCAGGAUACGGCAGUACUGAAGCCAGCGGAGGAGCAGCUGCGACAGUGGGAGACCCAGCCAGGAUUCUACUCUGUUCUCCUGAAUAUCUUCAACAACCACAUGUUGGAUGUAAACGUCAGGUGGCUGGCUGUGCUGUACUUCAAAAAUGGCAUUGACAGAUACUGGAGACGAGUCGCCCCACAUGCUUUGUCAGAAGAGGAGAAGACGUCAUUGCGAGCCGGACUCAUUACAAACUUCAACGAGCCUGUCAACCAGAUAGCAACCCAGAUUGCAGUGUUGAUAGCCAAGGUGGCCCGCCUGGACUGUCCCAGGCAGUGGCCUGAGCUCAUCCCCAUCCUGCUGGAAUCGGUGAAAGGCCAGGAUGGCUUGCAGCAACACAGAGCCUUGCUCACCUUCUACCACGUCACCAAGACCCUGGCGUCCAAACGCCUGGCGCAGGACAAACGUCUCUUCCAGGAUCUGGCAUCAGGGAUCUACAGCUUUGCCUGCUCCCUGUGGAGCCACCACACUGACUGCUUCCUCCAGCAGAUCUGUGCCAGAGAUGAGGCUGCUGCACUCGGCUCACUGGAAAGAACGCUGCUCUCCCUCAAAGUUCUUCGGAAACUGACGGUCCAUGGAUUCCAAGAGCCACAGCAGAAUAUGGAAGUUAUGGGCUUCUUGAAUGCAGUGUUUGAAAGGCUAAAACAGUUCCUGGAGUGCUGCCGGCAGGUUGGUCCAGACAGCACUUGCAGAGAGAAGCUGGAGAAGACGAUCAUACUGUACACUAAAGCGUUGCUGGAUUUCCUGGAGUACCAUCCAUGUGCAUUCAUCCCACUCAUUCAGCGUUCGCUGGAGUUUGCAGUCAGCUACGUGUUUACGCCUGCCGGAGAGGGAGUGACGUUCGAACGAUUUAUCGUCCAGUGCAUGAACCUUAUUAAGAUGAUUGUCAAGAACGAUGCCUACAAACCUGCCAAGAACAUAGAUGACAGUAAACCAGAGAGUCUGGAAGCUCACAAAAUAAAGACGGCAUUCUUCACACACACUACGUUGACAGAAAUCGGGCGCCGUCUUGUCUCGCACUACUUUCUCCUCACUGAGGAAGAGCUGACAAUGUGGGAGGAGGACCCCGAAAGCUUCGCUGUCGAAGAAACUGGUGGUGACUCUUGGAAAUACAGUCUGCGGCCUUGUACAGAGGUAUUGUUCCUGGACAUCUUCCACAACUACAGCCAGACCCUGACACCGGUGCUGCUGGAGAUGGUUCAGAACCUUCAAGGCCCAACCAGUGUGGAGGACCCAGUUCAGUUACUUAUGAAGGAUGCAGUGUACAACGCGGUGGGACUGGCAGCCUAUGAGCUGUUUGACAAUGUGGAUUUUGACCAGUGGUUUAAGAAUCAGCUUCUUGGGGAGCUGCAAGUCAGCCAUCACAGGUACAAGCUGAUUCGGCGAAGGGUCAUAUGGCUGAUCGGUCAGUGGAUCUCAGUUAAAUUCAAAUCCGACCUUCGACCCUUGCUGUACGAGGUCAUCCUCAACCUCAUGCAGGAUCCUGAUCUGGUGGUGCGGAUUGAGACGGCUACUACUCUGAAACUCACCGUCGAUGACUUUGAGUUCAGGACGGAACAGUUCCUCCCAUACUUGGAGUCUAUCUUCGGGCUGCUCUUCCAGCUGUUGCAGCAGGUGACAGAGUGUGACACCAAGAUGCAGGUGCUCCAUGUCAUCUCCUGCGUCAUUGAAAGGGUCAACAUCCAGAUCCGGCCGUAUGUGGGCUGUCUGGUUCAGUACCUACCACUGCUUUGGAAACAAUCAGAAGAGCACAACAUGCUUCGAUGUGCCAUACUCACCACUCUCAUCCACCUGGUACAGGGCCUGGGGGCGGAAAGUAAGAACCUAUACCCCUUCCUUCUUCCUGUCAUCCAGCUGAGCACUGAUGUUUCCCAGCCGCCGCAUGUCUAUUUGCUGGAAGACGGACUGGAGCUUUGGUUGGUGACAUUGGAAAACAGUCCAGCCAUCACUCCUGAGCUACUCAGAAUUUUCCAGAACAUGUCAGCCUUGCUGGAGCUGAGCUCAGAGAACAUGCGGACCUGCUUCCAGAUCGUCAACGCCUACGUCUACCUGUCUGCCACAGAUUUCCUGCAGAAUUAUGCGGAGGGCCUGUGUCGAUCCUUCUGUGACCUACUUAAAGAUAUAACAAAUGAGGGACAGGUGCAAGUUCUCAAGGUGGUGGAGAUAGCUCUGAAGGUUAGCCCAAUACUGGGAGCCCACAUGUUUCAGCCCCUGCUCCCAGCUGUCUUCAAAGGUAUUGUGGACGGUGAGAGAUAUCCAGUAGUGAUGUCUACCUACCUUGGCAUUAUGGGCCGGGUCCUGCUCCAGAACUCUAGUUUCUUUUCCUCUCUGCUCACUCAGAUGGCGUCUGAGUGCAACCAGGAGAUGGACCAGUUGUUGGGCAGUGUGAUAGAGAUGUGGGUGGACCGCAUGGAUAACAUCACCCAGCCUGAGAGGAGGAAGCUGUCAUCCCUGGCCCUGCUCUCCCUCCUACCAUCUGACAACAGCGUGAUUCAGGACAAGUUUUGUGGCAUCAUCAACAUCUGUGUGGAGGCGCUGCAUGACGUGAUGACAGAGGACCCUGACACCGGCACCUUCAAGGACUGCAUGCUGAUGAGCCAUUUUGAGGAACCCAAGCUCAGUGACGAUGAGGAGCCACCUACCGAGCAAGACAAGAGGAAGAAACUGCUGGCGCUGGAGGACCCCGUGCACAGCGUCUCUCUCCAGCAGUUCGUCUACGAGAAACUGAAGGCCCAGCAGGCGCUGAUGGGGGACCAGAGCUUCGGGGUGCUGAUGGAGACGGUGGACACAGAGAUCGUUAGGCAGCUCCAAGAGUUCCUCCAAGGCCUCUGAAUUAUGGCAGCCCCCUCUCUCUACAAUCCCUCGCUACCUUACACACACGUUUGCCCAAAGCAUAACCCCCCUCCCCACCCCCUCUCCCCCUUGUUUUUAAAAACCUAACUGGAGCGGGCAAAAAUCUCUGCCCGUCGUCAAAAUUUAUGGUUUAAUUACCCAAACCUCCCCGGCCUCUACCCUCAACGAGCCUUAUUUGUAUCAUGAUUUGGUCUUAACAACUAGACCUCCCUAUUCCCGACCCAAAACCCACUCUGAGUUACCUGGAUUAUUUUACAGUGUGUUCUUCCUGUAGAGAGGCUCGCCUUGAUGUUUUCUUAAAUACUCACAUAGUCAUCACUUAUACUACAGAGCUUCCAUGUUUUCUUUUAGUUUGUUCUCUUUCUGUAGUUUUAAGGUUUUGAGAGUAGAAUGGAUAGAAUAUGAAAGGGAAGGAAUAAAGGUAAAGGGGUGGGGGGGGCGGUGUUGUUAGAGGAAUAUUGCAAAAGUUAUCUGUAGGUGCCAGAGUGGGAGCCUCGGACUAUUUUCUACAGAGCGUAGCGGGAUUUUGGAGAAACCUAAUCUGAAGGACCCGAAGCAGUGUUUACAGAAUCUAUUAUUAAAAGGAGAAAAUUAAGACGUGUAAUUUUGUAUGUAUGUAAAGUAUGAACAAUAUUCCACAUGACAACAUUUAACUUUUCAGUUUUUUUUUUGUUUUUUGUUUUUUUUUAAGGGGAGCAUACAGAGAGGUCAAGCUGAAGUGACUACUGAGAGAACGAGAGAUAUUUCCUCGAGGCAGGGUUGCUGGGGCGGGGUUCAUCAGCUGUAUAAUGGGAGAUUUUUAUGGAUGGUUUGUAAGCGUGCUGCACCACAUUUCUAUGUGUAUAUAUACAUAUACUGCUGCUAAUUCAUGGCGUGUCAAAGCACUUUAAUAACCAAAAACUGUUUGGCUUGUUUUCAACUUUUCUCCAUCCGCGGUGCGUCGUUUCACAUCAUGGCGCUGUGGCGGUGGAAAGGCCCCGUGAGCGGUGCGGCAGGUGCGCAACUCCGGCUGAAGUUGUGUCACAAGUCUAUUCUGACGAGCGCUCGCGUUUAGCAUUUUCUGAACGCCAUCACCGAGUGCGGAGCACGUGAAACAUCAGAUCAGAUUCCGCAGGUCACCUCACCAUGUUUUUUUUUUUUGUUGGGUUUUUCUCCCCAGUAUAACACGCCAUCUAAUAAGGCAGAUGUUCUGACUGAAGUGGUUGUUGCAAGGUCACAAUAUAAUUUGCUUUGGGUUGGUUAUGAAUCGAAAUCCCUCUCUGCGAGGGAAUAUUUCAUGAAGACGUCCCACGCACUGCUGCCUGGAGAUUGCAUUUGUUUCAAUGAGUCAUGGAUGGGACUAGAUGAAGCCUUUGAUUCAUUUCUUCGACUUGGUGACAGACUGACUUUGUAACUUAGUUUUCCUCAAAGCCCUUGAUUAUAGCGGAGGUUAGCACACCUGUGACAGGGGGAAAAACCCAAAAUUAACAAUGAAAUAUUGACACCCAGGUCCUAGAAGCGACGACUGAUAAAGACAGGGUCCACACGGAACUCGAAUUUGAAACAUUGUGGUCUUAAUAAAAACGCUCAAUGUGAAGAGCCAGAAGACACCUGGUUUGGGAUUAACUUUGUGUCUCCACCCAAAGCUUUAGGAACCAUGGCUUGGACCAUGAGUUGACGUGCCGCAUCGUGAGACACAUGGUCGCAUGGUCCUCUUCCAUAAGGUUUGGUAACCUUCCAGCGAAGGAGAUCCUGACUCGAGCUUCUUUGACACUGUGAUAGAGUUAAGUAGUCAGAACUAAGGCCUUAUGCUUUCAGCCUUACUUACCAUUUAAGCUGAAAAGAUUUUUCUUACUGUUGUCGUUUAUUUUCUAGUUAAACAGUAGGGGAUUUCUGUGCUGGUGUUGUGUUGAUGAAAAGACAGCAAUGAUGAUGUUUUUGAACAAAACUCUCAGUGGAAACGCGUUUUUUUGGAUCCCCGGUUUGGUUAAGUUUUAAUGGAAAUGAAUCUUUAUUGCUUUUUCCAAAGCCUUCAAUAAAUUGCAGUU